UAUGAUCAUUUUCCUCUGUAAUAUAAAGCAUUUCUUACAUAAUCCUUUAUAGGGCGAGACAUACAGACCCUUAAGUUCUAAGGCCUGGUUGAUGGCCACAAUAAUACUCUGCUGCCAUCAUGUGGCAGAGAGUUUCACUUACACCCCCACCACAGCUAUUACACAACAUCUGUUGUUGGUGUUUCCAUGACAGCAGUGUUCUGUUACCUGGUGCAGGUGAGACUCAACUGAAAACAAAGAACAGGACAGAGGAGCUGCAGGGGGGACAACAGAACAAACAUGAACGGUCUCCUUUCCAGGGAUGUCCACAUAAAGAGCAUGGAGCAGACAGUGAAACAUGCUGAGAAGUAUCUAGGUGAGUUGUGCUCCCUGCUGGCCUCCUACACCAGGAAGACAGCCAAGCUUAGAGACAAGGCAGACAUCCUGGUGGCUCAGCUCUUUCACUUCUCCAGCAGAGAGGAUCCCGAGCUCCAGGUUGGCCUGAAAAACCUGGCAGAAGACCUGGCCAUGGUGCAGGACUAUAGACAGGCGCAGGUAGAGAGACUGGAGAUGAAAGUUGUUACUCCUCUAAAAGCCUAUGGAGACAUAAUCAAAAAUAAAAAGGCACAUCUCAAGAAGUUCAGCACUGACUUGAACAGUCAGCUGAAGGAGUUGCAGAAACUGGAGAAAAUACGACUAAGGAACCCAGCUGAUCGACAGACCAUUUCCCAGGCAGAAGUAAAUGCUCAGAAGGCUUCCAACAAUGCCCAGCGCAACAUCAGACAACUGGAGGAGACCAUCACAGACUUCCAGAGACAGAAGCUAGAGGAUAUCAAAAGGAUUUUCACAGACUUCAUCACAGUGGAGAUGCUCUUCCAUGCUAAAGUGCUGGAGGUCUAUGCACAUUCAUACCACAACCUGGAAGAAAUGAACACUCAAAAGGAUCUGGAGCUAUUCAGUGGAUGGAUCAAGAUGUCUGACUCUCUGGCUGAGCGCCUUGACACCCCUCUGAUCAGCUACUCUUCUCCCCUCAUGAGCCACUAUCCCAGUCAUCCUCUGGCCUCCACCAUAGGCCGCAGCCUCAGGUCACCAUUGGCUUCUACCAGAGGCCAGCAUCACAGACAACACAGCCAGUACCCAGACACAGGCAGGCGGUCUCACAACAUCUUACAACGCCAGAGAGGCAUGGAGGAGAAGGAGAAGGAGCUGGAGGGGGAAGAAGAGGAUGAAGAAGAGGAGGAAGAAGAAGAGGAGGAAUCAAAGAUAGAAGAGGGUCAGCAGACCAGCAGGCGGUCUUAUGCUGCUCAAUAUACCCAGAUGCGCAGAUGGCAAAAGUAACAGACUGUUCGGAAACACACACAGAUACACAGAUCCAACUACUGGCACACAAUGCAGGGCACAUAUCAAUGAAAAUAUUAUCUAUAUAUUAAUUUUUUUCCAUGCUGAAAUAGAUGCUGUUACAUGUACAGCUGUCUUCCAAUCAACUUAUUUUCAUUAUUGUUGUCACCAAGGUGCAGUCUUUUCAAAUUAUGUUUAUACAAUGUAAAUGUAAUACUGAAUGCACUGAAAAACUCACAUAUAUUAGUAAUUUCUCUUAUGAUCUCUGCUGGAAAUGAGUCAGAUCGGCAGAAAAAACGACUACCAAAAUAAACCAAGAUGGAUCAACUCACUUCAAGAAAAUAUGUUUUAUUUCAGUUCUUUCAGGUUGGAGAUGUGAAUGCCAACUCACACCUAUGAUUAAAAGAUGUGGGCUCAUAAGUAGACAACAAAUGGAGGAAGAGGAGAGAGCACACUUUCUCUGCCGUCAGCAUUGAUGGAUCCUGCAUAACUCAGAAUUACGUUAAAUGGCAAUGUUUUGGGGGGUUUUUUUACCCAACAUUUUUAUCAAAUUUGGGCAGUAUUUUUUUUUUUUUGUUUUGCAGUAUUUAUUCAUAGCAAGUACAAUAUACUAUGGAUAAAGUUAAGGAAAUAUUGUAGUUAUUUUUGGAGAACUGUGUCACAGAGAACCAAAAGACAGACAUUGAUGCUAGAUUCAGGAGGCCUUGAAGUCAACAAAUAAGACAUAAUAACAACUGCAUUCACAAGUCACAGAUACAUGAGAAGAGAAAACUGAGGAAAAAGAACUGAAACAGGUCCAUUCCACUACAGAAUGCUCAGUAAAAGAGACCAGAGUUGGUCAUUGAUUAUUGGACCUGAAUGUCUUUAAGAUCUGAUCCAUCACCACCAAAAGACAAUCCAAGGCCCAGCAACAGGGAGCAGCAACACCAAGGAAAAAGCAUUUAAGAGGAGAUGAAGGUCAGCGAGAGAAAUACAUUUUGAAUGCUGUAAGUAGGAAGGAAAUAAUUAUGACAAUACUCAUUGAAACAGUAUGUAUGAAUGGAGUUGUGGGAUUAAUCUGUAAUUAUAUCAUGAUAUCAAACGAAAUGUGUCAAAUCAAGCAAAGUAUUAAUGAUUUUUAUAAAGAAAGGAUUAACAAUCAUUUUAACAGUCACAGAAGUUAACUGAGAAACUAUGCCAUGUGUUAUCACCCUGUGACCUCAUGAAAGUGUGUGUAAUGAGUGUAAAAGUGAAAUUAGAGAGGUGGUGGAAAGUACAGAGAAGGCCUAGAGGACAAAGAUGAAUUAAGUACCUUAAAUGGCCAUGCAUUUGUAUAGUGCCUUUCUAGUCAUCCGACCACUCAAAGUGCUCUUUACACUACAAGUCACAUUCACCCAUUCACACACUGGUGGCCGAGGCUGCCAUACAAGGUGCCACCUGCUACUCAGUUUUUAACACACUCACGCACCAAUGGAACAGCCAUUGGAAGCAAUUUGGGGUUCAGGAUCUUGCUCAAGGAUACUUUGACAUGCAGACUGGAGGAGCCGGGGAUCGAACUGCUGAUCUGUCAAUUGGUGGACGACCCGCUCUAUAUCUGAGC